GGCUAUGUCAAAUUGUUUAUUUCUGAUGGUCGGCAAAGGCAACGUGAUUUUACUGUGGAUCAUUUCUGCCCUGAACGGCCUGCCGAUCGGGGCGAAGUUUCUAGCAGAUUCCAUUCUUUCUGACAUUAUCGACUAUGACCAGUUCCUGACAGGGCAGCGCAACGAGGCGACGUACUUCAUGUUCAAGGGGUUCUUGCCGAAGAUCGUGCUGAUCCCCGCGUCGGCUGUUCCGAUAGCACUCCUGGCGACUGUGGGGUAUGUUGCACCAGUUGCUGGAGUGGACCAGGAGCAGCCGGAUUCGGCAAAGUUCUACGUCAAGGCCGUCGUCUUUACCGCCUUUAUUUUUUCCACGCUGGCGUUCUUUCUGAAGUGGCGCUACCCUCUGACCACGGACGAUCAGCUCAAGCAGCUCAGACUAGGGCUGCAGGCGCACCAGCAGGGCGACGAGUACCCAGAUCCAGUCACUGGGACCCCGUACAAGCCCAUGUCGGUAGAUAGUGACCUGCAGAAGACCUACCAGCUGCUGGACCAUUUUCGCCGAUGGCGUUUGUACUCCAAGUUCGUCUUCAGGAAAGAGGGUGACAUAGGCGCUGAGAUAGAGGACCCGAUGAUGAUGCCCAGCUCGGAGUCAAAGCAGCUUGAGCGGCUCAUCCAGCCCGUCCCGGGUGCGCACAGGAACUUGCAGGAGACGUCUCCCUUGCGGCUCGGCUUGGCAGCUUCUCGUCACUGCAGAGGUCCGGAGCGCCACCCUCUCCCAGCCGGCCUCUGAGGGUGCGGAGCGCGCCAACAGCGGAGCCCAGCG